GUGACCCGAAAGUGAAAGUCUGGCAUUCGACGCCGGCCGAAGGGCAGAGUAGGACAGAGUAGGCAGCCAUCUUUGUUGGGGGCAGAAGCCUCCGCUUACGGAGCGCGAGAGAGUGCAUGACGGUCCCGGCGGCUCCCGGGCCAGAGAUGACGGCUCCGGGGAUGGGGCGGAGCCCCGGCUGCGGCAGGCGUUGGGCAGUACGGGGAGGUGGGAAUCGUUAGCUUCGUUCCGGACAAGCUGUCCCAUGGCCCAAGCGUCUCGCUCUGGUGGCCUUCUGCCUCCGCUGGCUACCGUGCCGCCGUUACGGGCGCAGCCCGGGGGCGCUGAGGAGGAGCAGUGGCAGAGAAAGCGGGCAGGCGCUCUCCGCCGGGACGUUCGUGGCUGGCUGCGGCUGCCGGUUGCCCGAAGCAUCCCCUGCCUGGACCCACGGCCCGGCGGAGCUCCGAGAGGGCAGCCGUGGUGGGCGGUGCCGGCGGACGCAGGAGAGCACCGUGAGGCUGGCGCUGUGGACUGGGGGCGGGAGCCGGCAGCUGGCGGCCCGACCCCUCCAGCGCUGCAGCGUCUCCGGGCGGUGUUGCUUCGGCUGCACCACGAGCGGCAGGAGCUCCUCCACGCACAGGACUGCGCCCGCUACCUACAGGCGACCGUGCGCCUCCUGAGGAUCCUGAGUCCCGGCGCUCCAUCCCCCGGCCACUUGCCUCAGCUGUGCCGCGACCUGCUGGGGCACCCUUCCGGAGGCGCCGUCCUGCGAAACGGCCUUCAGGAGACACCCGAGCCGCUACUCCUGGCACGAUCCGUCGGACUAGCCGCCCAGCGCCUGGAUGCUACUAUCGAGAUGCAGCUUCGGGCUCUGGGCCAGGCGCCCGCCAGCCCGGGCCUAUCGUCCCAAAUCGCCGACCUGCUGCUGGCACUUCCCGCCUACCACCAGCUGCAGGGAAAAGCCUUGAGCUACGUUCCAGGGGCAGCGCGCCCUUAUCCCCCGGCCCGUGUGCUCCGCCUCCUGACGGGGGAGCGGGGUUGCCAGGUGGCAGGUUGGCUGGAUGAGGCGCUCAGGGGAUCUGACUUGAGGGACCAGCUCCGCAGGCGGUGCCAAGAGGAGCGGGAGCUGCUGCUAGUGCUACUGGGCCUGAUGGGGGGCGCGACGGGUUCAGCCAGCAGUGGACUGGGGCUUGGAGGGGCUGGGGCCCUGUGGAGCCAGUACUGGACCAUGCUGUGGGCAGCCUGUGCUCAGAGUCUGGACCUAAGUCUAGGACCCUGGAGGGACCCCCGGGCAGCGGCACAACAGCUGAGUCAGGCACUGGGUCAGGCAUCACUGCCUCAGGAGUGUGAGAAGGAGCUGGCUUCUUUGUGUCACAACCUAAUUCAUCAGUCUCUUAUCUGGAGCUGGGAUCAAGGCUUCUGCCAGGCCUUGGCAUCUGCUAGUGGAAAUCAGAGCAGCCUUCCCUCAUCCUCUCAUACCACUGAACUUUUGCAACAGCUCUUCCCUCCUCUCUUGGAUGCCCUUCGAGAACCCAGGUCAGGACUGCUCCUCUGCCAGCCUCCAGGUCCUGCCCCCCUUGCCCUGGGGCUCUGUACCCUGCAGACCAUCUUGCUCUGGUUUUGGGGCAGAACUCAGCAGCAUCUGGCAGCGUGGGCCCCAGGUUCCUUCCUGCUCCUGAUCCAGAAGGAUUUACCUCCUCUAUUAUAUGAGGCAGAAGCUUUGUCUAGCCUGGCCUCAGAGGAAAGCUUGGCCCUGGAGGUGGAGCAGCAGCUGGGCCUGGAGAUCCAGAAGCUGACUGCACAGAUCCAGCUCCUGCCUGAAGAGUCACUAAGUCUCUUUUUUCAAGAAUGUCAUAAACGAGCCACACAGGACUUCGAACUCCACAUGCCACGGGGUCGGUACUGGCGGCAUCGCCUCUGUCCUGAACUUCCCAGCAUUCCUAGUGAGUAUGCUGGGUUGGUGGUCCGCAGGGUACUGGAGCCUGUGUUGCAAGGACUGCAAGGACUGCCACAGCAAGCCCAGGCCCCUGCCCUCAGCCUGGCGCUGACUGCCAUCCUGGGUGCCUGGCUUGACCACAUCCUCACCCACGGGAUCCGAUUCAGCCUGCAGGGGGCGCUGCAGCUCAGACAAGACUUCGGAGUGGUCAGGGAGUUGCUGGAGGAGGAGCAGUGGGGCCUGUCCCCAGAACUUCGCCAGACUCUGUUCACGCUCAGCAUCUUCCAGCGGCUGGAUGGGGCCCUGCUGUGUCUGUUGCAGCAGCCCCUGCCCAAGACUCAAGUCCACAGGGGGCCUCCCUGUUGCUGUGCAUGUAAUGAGGUCCAGACCAUGGAAUUGCCCAGCAGCAGCCUCAACAGCCUGGAGAGCUUGGAGCCCCCUCUUCGACCUGGAGCACUCCCAGCCCAGACAGCUCAGCUGCUAAGCACACUGUGGGGAGAAGGACCUAGUCCUGAGGCUUACCUGGCUGGGGAGCCCAGGGCGGCGGCCUGGGGACCAGCACCACCGACCGUGUCAGAGAAGCCGCACGAGGCGGAGGUGGGGGGACUGCGGAAGCGCGUAGCAGUCCACAGCGUCUCGCACUAGCGACACUUCCGCCCGCACGAGUCCUUCC